UGCGACAACGUCUCUGUUUACGGCACACGUGUCGCUCCUGUACACUCGGCUGUGGGAGCUGUGGUAUUUACGCAAGUAUGGCUAAAGUUUCUAAGAAGAAAGGCAGUAAAAAGAUUUUAAAAACGAGCCCCGAAGUCACAGAUAAGAGCGCAGGUGCGACGGUAGACGUGGUUUACGACGAUGACGAAGAGGAAAGUGCUUUCAAUGUUGCAGAGGAAGACGACAACAGCGAGGAGGACGAGGGGGACGCUGAGAAUGAACGAAAACGCCAAAAGCUGUUGGACGCUAUCGGCGCCCUGGGGGGCAAGAGGAAGAAAACCCAAGGAGAGAGGUCCGAGGCGGCCGUGCAGAUGUCAGAGUUCACGGUGAACGCGGAGGGCGAGGGCGACAAAAUCGAUCUCUCGGAUCUGAUCGGGACCGUGGAGAAGACCCCCACUGUCCCGGCCAAGACUAAGAAGCAGCUUCAGAACCUGCAGAGGAGCAACAACACCAUCGAGUGCCCUCUUAGCAAGCAGGAGAGCGAGAGGAUCCAGAGAGAUGUGGCUUUUAACAAGGCAGCGACAGCGGUGACCCGCUGGAAAAGCGCGAUCACACAGAACCAGAGGGCUGAACAGCUGGUCUUCCCCCUCAACCAGGAGCCUUCAGGCCCUAAGCCCAUUGAGAGUGUGGUGAGGGGCUGGAAAGCACAAACCCCACUGGAGCAGGAAAUCUUCGCCCUCCUGUCCGCCAACAAGCAGCCGAUCAACGACCCCAUUCUGACCCCCGCUGAGGAGGCUUCCAUGAAGGCGAUGAACUUGGGGGAAGCCAAGAUCCGCCGCGCGGAGCUGCAGAAGGCCAGGGCUCUGCAGUCCUACUAUGAGGCCAAGGCCCGGCGAGAGAGGAAGAUCAAGAGCAAGAAAUACCACAGGGUGCAGAACAAAGCCAAACGCAAAGAGUUUGUCAAGCAGUUUGACGAGAUGGUGAAGACGGACCCGGCUGCUGCCUUGGAGGAACUGAACAAGAUGGAGCUGGCCAGGAUGCAGGAGAGGAUGUCGCUGAAGCACCAGAACAGCGGCAAGUGGGCCAAAUCAAAGGCAAUCAUGGCCAAAUAUGACAAGGGGGCACGCGACGAUAUGCAGAAGCAGCUGGAGCUGAAUAAAGACCUGACGCAGAAGCUGGUCACCUCGCUGAAUGAUGAAGAAGAGAAGGCUGAAGAGGAGGAGGAGGGAGCAGACGACCCAGAGGUGUUGCCUGAUUUCGUGAAUGAUGCAGAGCACGGACUAGAUUCUUCAAAUCCUUGGAUGAGAGGGAAGCUCUCAGAGGAGAUGAGUGAGACUGUGGGUCUGACAACAGAAGGGCUCGGAGCAAAAGAAAAUACGGCUGCUGAAUUAGAGGAGGAGGAAGAGGAGGUUGAGGAAACAGAAGAAGAAACCCUCCUCAGAGAGUUUGACAGCAGGAGGAAACUGCGUAAAGCCCAGGAGGCUGAAACUGCAACAGCCAUGUCUGUGGAGGAGGAGGAUGAUGAGGAGGAUGAGGAGGACAUAGUGAAGGAAACCAUAACUACUGCUGCUUCUGACAAAGAGGAGGAGGCGGGUUCAGAGAUCACAAGCCUUUUAAAAGGAAUAGCAGAAGGCCGCGUAGAAGCUGAAGCAGCUGCUGAUGUCGGCUGCACAGACACUUCAGCUCAGCUGGAGGAAGGACUCACGAGAGUCAGGACUCUGGAGGACAUCGAGCUCCUCGCCCACGAGGCCUCAGCCAGCGAUAAAGCACCCAGUGGCUCCCAGCAGCAGUCCACUGCCACAGAAAACCUCCCACCAGCGGGGCCUCAAAAGGCAGGCAAAAAAAGAAAAAAGAAGGCUGGAAUUGAGCUGAAACAAGUUCUCACCAAAGACACGAAAGAAAUCAAAGUGCCUCUCACUGUGACCACAGAGGACUCUGAAGAAAUGGAUGGAGAAGAAAAGCUGGACCAGAGGGGUCUCAUUAAAGAGGCGUUCGCUGGAGACGAUGUCAUCUCAGACUUCCUCAAAGACAAGAAGAAGCAGGAGGACGCAGGGAAGCCUCAGGUGGUGGACCUGACUCUGCCCGGGUGGGGGGAGUGGGGAGGGAUUGGCCUGAAGCCAUCACGCGGCAAACGCAAGAGGUUCCGGGUCAAGGCCGCGCCGCGGCCACCGAGGAAGGACGAGCGCCUGCCCAGCGUCAUCAUCUCGGAGAAGAGGAACAGCACCCUCAGCCUCCACCAGGUCAACGUGCUGCCCUUUCCCUUUGAGAACCACACACAGUUCGAGAGCACCCUACGCUGCCCGCUGGGCCGCACCUGGAACACUGAGCAAACUGUCAGAAAGAUGACCAAGCCCAAAGUGGUCACAAAGGUGGGGGCCAUCAUUGAGCCCAUGACUGAGGAUUUACUGGAGAAGAACAAGACGCAGCUGUCUGCGAGGAAAAACAGCAGUAUGGACUCUAAGAAAAGAAAACAUUAGCCACAUCUAUCACUGGAAUUAUUCAAGAUAAUUAACAAGAAGCUUGUUUUGAAGCAGGUUGAUGGUUUUUAUACUAGAUUUCUCUGUAAACAUUCAAAACUAUCCUCACAACUUUAAGGAAACCGUGUUAAAUGCUUGGAGGGUCUGUAAGAAAUUGAUACAUGUGAGAAUAAUUGCAGAGAGAGAGAGGGCAGAAAUGUGUGCGUCCACUUCUAACACUCAGUCUUUUUCCUUGAUCUCCUGUCUUUGAUAUUAAAAUCUGUCAGAUAUGUAAAUUUAACAAAUACUUAAAAUAAAUUCAUAUUUGCAGUUAAA